AUGAAUGUAUUAUCAAAAAAAUAUUUAAUAUAUGGACAUGUGAGAUGGUAUGAGAAUAGGAAUGUGUUGGGGAUUGACAUAAUUGAAGAAUAUACAGGAAAAAGUGUUUGUUUAAUGGUAACCGACUCGAACCAAAUACUUUUUGGAAAAAAAAACAAAAUAACCACAAUCAAAAACAUUGAAAGAAAAGUUAAUAAACGAUUUAAGAAUAUCAGCCAAGAAUUAAUUAAGGAACUAAAGGAAAUUGAAACAGGAGGAUCACUUGAGAAGUUUAAAGACAUGUGUUUGGAACAAAACAUUGAACCAAAACAAUUUAUUGUAUAUAAAGAAAGAUACUUUGAAGAGAAGUUUGAAAGAAAGUUAAAAAGUAUAAAAGACAACGAAAUGACUAAAGAAGAAGUGUAUAAAUGGUUAGAAAAAAAGAAAAGAAAUAGUCAAGAAAAUAUCAAAAAAGUUAAGGAAGUUGAAGUUAAAAAGGAUGAAGAAGAGGCAAUCAACAAAUCAACAAGAAAAGAAAAGAAAACACAAAUAGAGGAAAUUGCAAAAAUUAAAUAUAAUUUACUUCAUAAUAUUAAAGGAACAAUUCUUGCAGAGGAUGAAACAUGUGAAAAUAAUUUGAGAAUUAAAAAGAUAGCACAAAUUUGUAACAGACAAUUAAUUUCAAAAGAAACAGGGAUUUAUUUUAUACAACAAGAAUUAAAUAUUAUUCAUGAGUCAGUUGAUAUUGCAAUAGCAUUGUUUGGAAAAAAAGUAAUAAACAUUGAAGACUUAGAAAAGAAUUUGAUGACUAACUUUUGUUUGAAUGAUAGAAAUAUUAAAAGGAUUGUUAGCUUUCAAUUAGACAAAGACGUUGACCAAUUAUUCUUUGACAAGUGGUUUAGGAAAGGAAUUAUUACAAAAGAAACGUAUUUAGCGUCAUUACAGAAAAUCAAAUAA